AAUCUGUUAAACAGAUUCUGUUUUUGAAAAACAGUUUUUCUUCUGCUACCUAUUGAUACAAUUUAAAAUUGUUUAUCUUUUCACUUUAAUUUAUUAAUUAAUUCUCUUUAAUUGUGCUGUAAUCGACAUUGACAAUCACUGCAUUUGAUAAGAUGAAAUUCUCGCAAGAUGCAAAUGGAUCUAAUAAGCUUCGAACAAGAACAUGAUAACACUGUGUCACCGAAAAAAGUUGAUCCCCCAAAUGGAUAUGGUGAAAUGCUUGAAGAUGAUCAGAUCUGUAAAAGUGAUAAUUUAAACUCUCAACCUUCACCAUCUCUAGUGGUUUCUUUUGAUGAUGCUUCAUCGUCUACAUCAGAUGCAACAGCUGUAGCUCCUACCCCAUCGUCAAGAUUAUCUGGUUAUUUUAAUAAAUUGGGUAUCAAAGGAGGAAUUCAUAAUUAUAAAAGAAGAUGGUUCACAUUCAAUGAUUCAACUGGCAAAUUGAUAUAUUAUCGUAAUCCUGGUGAAUUGACACCUUUAGAUGAAGUUGACAUUCGCAAAGCUACAUUUUCAUUACACCCGCAGUUCAAAGACUCUAGUUUCAUCAUAAAAAUUUCCAAUGAUAAACCGUUACUUUUGGAAACAAAUGACAGAUCGGCUGCCUUACUUUGGUUCGAUACUCUACAAGAAUUAAGAAAAAAAUAUAUAAUGGAUGAAGAUUUCAAUGGAUAUAGUCAGAGUGGAGAUUGUGAAGGCACCACUGUUAAUGCUACUAGUGAAUCUUGUCAUAGAAAGAUAAAUGCUCGAAAGAAACCGUCGAAUUUCAAUCUAGAUCGCUAUUAUAAAUAUUUUUUUCUAUUAGUCGUAUUCUAUUCAUCUAUCUGUCAAUCUUCCUUCGCUGAUCAGUCCCAAUCUGAUGAACCAAAGUUUAAGUGCAAGUCAAAAGAAAGGCUAACUGUCGAUUAUAGCUCUCAUGCUGUUAAAAACGAAUACAUCGUAACAUUCAAUCAUCUCUAUAAAACAUCUGCUCGUAAACGCUUCAUAUCAUCAGCACUUUCAUCCUGUAAUGAUUUUAUUAACUCGUGGGCUAUUAUUCCUAGAAACAAUCCUGCCAGUCUUCAUCCAAGUGAUUUUGAUCUUGUUCAUCUUUCAACUUACAAUUUAACCACCAUCAUAACCGCCUUAAAAAAUCACCCUAAUAUUAAAAAUGUUACUCCACAGCGAUUGAUUAUCAGGAGUCUCAAAGUAGUGAAUGAGUCUGCUGAGGGAGAACCCGAUGAUCCAGAACUUAAAAAUCGUAAUUCUUGGUACUCUUCUCGUACAUUCAAAUCCCGCCAAUCUUUAUCCUGGCUAAAUGGUUGGAGUUUCGAUUAUUACAAUUCUGUUUCAACUAAUACAAGGCGCCAUUUACUUCGCGCCAUACCACGUCAGAUUACUACAACUUUAAGAGCUGAACAGCUCUGGGCGAUGGGUAUCACUGGUACUGGUGUGAAAGUUGCUGUUUUUGAUACUGGUCUUCCAAAAAAUCAUCCUCAUUUUAAAAAGGUAAAAGAGCGAACUAAUUGGACAAACGAGAAAACUUUUGACGAUGGACUAGGGCAUGGAACUUUUGUCGCAGGAGUUAUUGCCAGUGGAAAAGAAUGUUUAGGAUUUGCGCCUGAUGCUGAGUUACACAUUUAUCGUGUUUUUACUAAUAAUCAAGUUUCCUAUACUUCUUGGUUUCUAGAUGCUUUCAAUUAUGCUAUACUUAAAAAGAUUAAUGUCCUUAAUCUUAGUAUCGGAGGGCCUGAUUUUAUGGAUCACCCCUUUGUCGAUAAAGUGUGGGAACUGACAGCUAAUAACAUUAUUAUGAUAUCAGCAAUUGGUAAUGAUGGACCUCUAUAUGGAACUCUUAACAACCCUGCUGACCAGAUGGAUGUUAUUGGUGUUGGUGGAAUUAAUUUUGAUGAUCAAAUUGCUCGUUUUUCAUCUCGCGGUAUGACUACUUGGGAGCUACCUGCUGGUAAUGGUCGAGUCAAGCCAGAUAUCGUGACCUAUGGCUCAGCUGUUCGAGGUUCAAGUAUUAAAGGUGGAUGUCGAACUUUGUCCGGUACGUCCGUUGCCUCCCCAGUGGUUGCUGGCGCUGUUACUCUACUUAUGUCUGGGGUCCUUCACAUGGGUAAUUUAAUUAACCCUGCUAGCAUGAAGCAAGCUUUGAUGGCCUCAGCUCGUCGUCUCAAUGGUAUAUCCAUUCUUGAACAAGGUGCUGGUAAACUUGACUUGAUUCGGGGCUAUGAAAUAUUGCGCUCUUACAAACCUCAAGCAACUCUUUCUCCGAGCUAUCUCGAUCUUACCGAAUGUCCGUAUAUGUGGCCUUAUUGUACUCAACCAUUGUACUAUGGUGCGAUGCCAGUUGUCAUUAAUGUUACCGUGCUGAAUGGGAUGGGAGUUACUGGUACUUUUGCCGGUAAACCUCAAUGGCACUCAUAUACACCACAAAAUGGCCAAUAUUUGGAUAUUGCAAUCACUCAUUCUGAUAUUUUAUGGCCUUGGUCAGGAUGGAUGGCAAUUUACAUUUCGGUUAGCCCAGAAGCUGCCAAUUGGGAAGGAAUAGCUCAAGGUCACAUUAGUAUUGUUAUUGAAUCGCCAGCUUCAGGAGAAGAUCCCGAUUACAAGACUCAAAGAUCUGAAAUAAAACUUCCAUUAAAAGUAAAAAUUAUUCCUACUCCAUUGAGGUCUAAGAGAAUACUUUGGGAUCAAUAUCACAAUCUGCGAUAUCCUCCUGGUUAUUUUCCUCGUGACAAUUUACACAUGAAAAAAGAUCCACUAGAUUGGAAUGGUGAUCAUAUUCAUACUAAUUUUAAAGAUAUGUAUGAACAUCUAAGAAAUUCUGGUUAUUAUGUGGAAGUUCUUGGUUCUCCAUUCACUUGUUUUGAUGCUCGAGAAUACGGUACUUUAUUAAUUGUUGAUCCAGAAGAGGAAUAUUUUCCAGAAGAAAUAACAAAAUUAAAAAAUGAUUAUGAUGCAAGUGGAUUGUCAAUAAUCGUGUUUGCCGAUUGGUACAAUAUAUCAGUCAUGAAAAAGGUUAAAUUUUAUGAUGAAAACACUCGUCAAUGGUGGAUUCCUGAUACAGGUGGUGCUAACAUCCCUGCUUUAAAUGAUUUACUUGCACCGUGGGGCAUUGCUUUUGGUGAUCAAGUUUACGAAGGUGAAUUCAAAUUAGGAACAAACCAUGAUAUGUUUUACGCUUCAGGCACAUCUAUUAUCCAAUUUCCUGAAGAAUCACCUGGUUCUAGUGUUUUGGUUCGUCGUGAUCUUAAUGAUCAAGGGAAAGAAAUGCUUAAUAGUGUCACUACUAAACAGAAAGAUAUACCUAUUUUAGGACUCUAUCAAACCAAAGACUCUAACUCAGAAGAUAAUGCAUUCUCUAAUAAUAAAGGACGCAUUGUCGUCUAUGGUGAUUCAAAUUGUUUAGAUACAGCUCACCUGCAGAGAGACUGUUUCUGGAUGCUUGAAGCUCUUCUUCAAUUUACCACUACCGGUAACAUUCCAAAUGUUUUUCUUUCCUCUUCAUCUCCACCUUUAUCACCAUCAAGUUCAUCUGGAGUUUCACCACCUUCAUCUGCAAUAGCGACCAAUCAACAAGAAAAGAAAUCGCCGGAUGCCCCAAUUGCAUCAAACAAUGAAAAAUUACCAAAAAGAAUGGAAGGCAGUCAUUUGUACAGAUAUUCAAAAGUAUUAGAACAUCAUUUAGGCAAUAUUCAAACUAGACCUUUACCUUCUUGUCCAAGUCAUAAAUGGGAAACUCCAAUCCCUCUAAAUGAAUCUCUUCCAACAAAUUUGUAUAAAGCCCAGAAAUUAUUAUCUAUAAGUAAUAUUGACAUGGGAGUUCCAGCUUUACCGCCUUUACCACCUUAUCCAAAUUCAAGACUUGAUGAUGAUCCAUCUGAUGUAAAUAAUCGCUGGGACUCUUUAAUAUCUUCCGAUCUAGUAGCUCCCGUGGCGGUGGGUAUCAGCGAUUUAAAAACUGAGAGAAGAAUUUUCUCUCUUGAUUGGACAACAUUUAUUCUGUUGAUUGUCGUCUUGAUCUGUUUUUACAUUGUUAAUAAGAAACUUCUUAAAUACCGUUGGAUUCUUUCUCGAGUUGGAAACAAUAAGACUGGACAAUCGGUAAACAAGAGGCGCCGAAGAAGUACAGCUGUCAAACGAUGGUUAUUACAAAAAUUACCGAGUAAACUUUCAAGUGUUUAACUCAAUAAUUGAGACUUUGGACUAAACUUGGAGGAAAAUGUAUAUAAAAUAUGUCUGAAUAUUUAUAUAUUUGAUAUGAUUGUGGGACGAAUAAGAGGUUUUAAGCUAAGAAAAAGAUCUCUUUUUUGUUCAAUUUUGUUGAAAAUAGCUGAAAAACAUCAGAAUUAUUCAAUCUUAUUCUGUCUUGCAAUUUUUUCAAAUAAUAUGCAUUUGAACAGUAAAUCGACUUUGAAACAUUUUCAUUGUCACAUUUCUCGGUGAUAAAUUAUACGAUGACUGAAAAUAAGAAGUUGUAUAUCAAUACAUUUUAAAAUAUAAUUUUGUGGACACAAA